AUGGCCAUGAGUUCGUUUUUGAUCAACUCCAACUAUGUGGAUCCCAAGUUCCCACCCUGCGAAGAAUAUUCUCAGAAUGAUUACCUUCCCAAUCACUCUCCGGGAUAUUACAGCAGCCAGAGGCGAGAGACCACUUUCCAACAUGAGGCGAUGUAUCAGCCACGGUCAGCCUGCAACGAGCCGCCCUACCCAGCUUGUCAGGGCUCCGGCCACCAGCCAGCGGUGCUCUCCCCCAGGGAUCAUGUUCAUCCUUCUGCCGGACUUCAGAGCCACCUCUCAGAGCCAAAUCACCACUGUGAGUCGGUCACCCCCAGCCCUCCUCCACCCUCCUGUAGCCAAAACUCUAUGAACCAAAGCCCAUCUAAUUCUUCUUGCAAAGAGCCAGUAGUUUAUCCCUGGAUGAAAAAAGUCCAUGUAAGCACGGUAAACCCCAGUUGCACAGGAGGGGAACCGAAGCGCUCCCGGACAGCUUAUACCAGGCAGCAAGUCCUGGAGCUGGAGAAAGAAUUCCACUAUAAUCGCUAUCUCACGCGGAGGCGCAGAGUAGAAAUUGCCCAUUCUCUUUGCCUGUCCGAGCGCCAGAUCAAAAUAUGGUUCCAGAACAGGAGGAUGAAAUGGAAAAAAGAUAAUAAAUUACCAAAUACCAAGAUCAGGUCUAAUUCUUCCAACGCCUCUGCAAGCCUGCAGAUACAAGGAGGUUCUCAGAACCGAGCCGAUGUACCAGCCACCGGCCUAUAA